AAGAGCAUGUGCUGAUCCUCAUCUCAAUCCUGAAAGGUGUUGGACAGUGCUGGCCUAGAGGACUCAGAAGUCAGCCAUGGGACCUCCGGCAAGUCACCACACCUCUCAAAGCAGUUCUUAUCUGUGAGAUAGGAAUAAUAGUAGCACUUACUGAACAGAUAAAUUUGCAGUUUGAGUGAGAUUGAGAAAUACGUUUGACCCAAGCGAUCGAUGCGGCCUUCAGCCGCGGGGGACUAGGCAAGGAAGAAGGAAGGAGAGGGCAGCGGGGCCGCCUGCAGUAGGAAGCUCUGCGGGGCCGGCGGGACAGCGGCGAGACGGAGUAUAGCCAGCGGCCCCCAGCCUCGGUGACUUUGGGACAGACACAGGAGGCGCCCGGGAGGUGCCACGACAGGUAAUGCUGAUGCUGCUGGUCCGGGGAACACGCUAUGAGAGCCUCCGGUCUAAAGUGGUGCUCCCAACACCCCUAGGAGGGAGGAGCACUGAAGCCUUGGUGAGCGAGUGCCCGAGCCCUGACACUGGGAUCCGCUGGCGGCAAAGCGACGAGGCGCUGCGCGUGAACGUGGGUGGCGUGCGGCGGCUGCUGAGCGCGCGAGCCCUGGCGCGCUUCCCGGGCACGCGGCUGGGCCGCCUGCAGGCCGCGGCGUCGGAGGAGCAGGCGCGACGCCUGUGCGACGACUACGACGCGGCGGCGCACGAAUUCUACUUCGACCGGCACCCGGGCUUUUUCCUGGGCCUGCUGCACUUCUACCGCACCGGCCACUUGCACGUGCUCGACGAGCUGUGCGUCUUCGCCUUUGGCCAGGAGGCCGACUACUGGGGCCUCGGCGAGAACGCGCUGGCCGCGUGCUGCCGCGCGCGCUACCUGGAGAGGCGGCUGACCCAGCCGCGCGCCUGGGACGAGGACAGCGACACGCCGAGCAGCGUGGACCCAUGCCCCGACGAGAUCUCCGACGUGCAGCGAGAGCUGGCGCGCUAUGGCGCGGCGCGCUGUGGCCGCCUGCGCCGCCGCCUCUGGCUGACCAUGGAGAACCCGGGCUACUCGCUGCCGAGCAAGCUCUUCAGCUGCGUCUCCAUCAGCGUGGUGCUCGCCUCCAUCGCCGCCAUGUGCAUCCACAGCCUGCCCGAGUACCAGGCCCGCGAGGCGGCGGCCGCCGUGGCUGCGGUGGCUGCGGGCCGCAGCCCGGAAGGCGUGCGCGACGACCCAGUGCUGCGACGCCUCGAGUACUUCUGCAUCGCCUGGUUCAGCUUUGAGGUGUCGUCGCGCCUCCUGCUGGCGCCCAGUACGCGCAACUUCUUCUGCCACCCGCUCAACCUCAUCGACAUUGUGUCUGUGCUGCCCUUCUAUCUCACGCUGCUGGCUGGUGUGGCACUGGGCGACCAGGGCGGCACGGGCGGCAAGGAGCUCGGCCACCUGGGCAAGGUGGUGCAGGUGUUCCGCCUCAUGCGCAUCUUCCGCGUACUCAAGUUGGCGCGCCACUCCACCGGGCUGCGCUCGCUGGGAGCCACACUCAAGCACAGCUACCGUGAGGUGGGCAUCUUGCUGCUGUACCUGGCCGUGGGUGUGUCAGUGUUCUCUGGUGUGGCCUACACAGCUGAAAAGGAGGAGGACGUGGGCUUUAACACCAUCCCAGCCUGCUGGUGGUGGGGCACAGUGAGCAUGACCACUGUGGGCUAUGGGGAUGUGGUGCCAGUGACGGUGGCUGGCAAGCUGGCAGCCUCAGGCUGCAUCCUAGGGGGCAUCCUGGUGGUAGCGCUCCCCAUCACCAUCAUCUUCAACAAGUUCUCCCACUUCUACCGGCGCCAGAAGGCCCUGGAGGCAGCCGUGCGCAACAGCAACCACCAGGAGUUUGAGGACUUGCUGAGCAGCGUUGAUGCGGUGUCGGAGGCAUCUCUGGAGACAUCCCGAGAAACCUCUCAGGAGGGACGGUCUGCAGAUCUAGAGACCCAGGCCCCCAGUGAGCCUCCACACCCUCAGAUGUAUUAAAACCAGGGAUCUGUGACCCCCUGCCAUGCCCCUACAGUCAGCUGAGACAGCCGAGAUUCCUCCCCUGCUAAAGUUCUUCAUGGUAGUGAGCCUCUCAAGAUCACUCAUGCUGUCCUGAGAAAUGAGAUUCAAAAGCUGCAUUCCUUCCUCCAAUCCUUCCUCCAAAGGUCCAGGGCAGGACAGUGCUACCCUAGAUUCUGUGAGAUUCUGCGAGCAACUCAGAAAGCUUUAUAAACCUUCCUCCAAGCCAUUCAUGAAGCAGGCAUGAGCCAGAGGGAGGAAGUUGAAAGGAUGCUAAUGAUUCCUGAGCACCUCCUGUACAUGAGCCAGGUCAUGUUUGGCCCUGUGUUGGAGAAAGAUAAUUAUUGCCAUUUCACAGAUGAGGAAACCGAGGCUAACAGAUGAGCAAUGCCUCUCCCAGAUGUUACAAUCAGAAGUGGCAGAGUCAGGUUUGGAAUCUGGGCUUGUCGGUGGGCCUGGAGCAAUGCUCCGUCAACUCCAUCUUUCUUCUGCCCUCAUGAAGUUUGCAUGUGGGUUUUGGGGAUUCAUGGAUCCCCAGAGUUGAUCCACAAGGUCAGAAAUCCCUUUCAGAGCCAGAGAAAGGUCCAGACAGGAGAUUUGGAUAUAGGAGCUCUGGAUCUCAGCUGUGGUUCCUUUCUAGGAGCAUCCAACAGGAGUCAGCUCUCAAAGAUGAGUCCUGGAGGGAAGGAGGAUGAGUCCUGGGAGGAAGUACAAUAGCAUUGUACUUGCCUCUUUAGCUGGUAUGCAAGAUUUGCUAAGCAAUAAUCUUCCAGUCUUCCUCCCAGGGAUGAUGUGAGAGAAAGAAACUCUGAAGGGGCCCUGGCCUGAGGUCUAGGCGACCUAGCUGCACCAAGACCUGCUGUGAAAAGUGGUCCAAUCCCUGCCCCCAAGUCCAGAUUCCAGCCUCUCUGUCAAACGGUCAGAAUCUAUGACCCAGAGGGCAAUGAAAGCCAAGUAGCGCAGAGGGGUCUCUUAACUUAAAGCCGGCUCAGCUCUGAAAUGUUGGUGGCAGAGGGCUGACAUAUAUGAAUACUGGCUUCCCAGACCCUCCCCCCACAGCCUGACCUUGGCAGUUCCUUUCUGCCCGUCACACAAACGUCCAGCCCUACCUUGUCCAGCCCUACCUUGAGUACCCAUCCAGGCCCAUGUGUGAGAGUCCUGUCCCUUCUGGCCAGCUCCAGCCCCGUCAUCCUUGUUGGGGGCAUAUCUCUCAUACUCAUCUGCCGAACUUCUCUCCACUUGCUGAGAAACUCAGAGGAGGGGGUCCAGUAGCCCUUUCCACAUACUGUGGCUACAGCACCCAGCACUGUGCUAUUGUUGUCUGACUGUGGCUGUCUCUGUCCCAUCACCCUGAGCCUCAAGAUGGAAGACACUGUCUGGUUGAACUCUGGGCUUGGUGCAGAGCAAGUGUUUGGUAAAUGUUGAAUAGAUAAUUCCUACAGCCCACUGGGUGCCAAGCACAGAGGGGGAAAAAAAGAUAGCCAGAGAGAGACCUGGCCCUCAAAAAGGUGUGAACAAGACUGAAAAGGAGGUCCGUUCAGCUCUGCCUGCCCCGUCCCUGCUUGGUUCUUGAAAUUUUUACAAUAUCUUCCUUGUAGGUUCUUUACUUGCUUACUCAACAAAUACUCGUUAAACCGGGGCUUCAUGUGUGGCCUGCAGUCAUGUUUUGGCUUAGUCCAACAGUACUUUUAUUAUAUUUUAAGAAUUUGAAUGCCUUUGCGUGAGGCAUGCGCUCUCAGGUUCCCCAUAGUGUCUCCCCCGCUGCCACCCACAGACAGACGCACACGCUGUUGUUAUGCCCAGCCACUCUGAUUUACUGGCUUCUGACUUGUGGACUGCUUACUAGUCUCAAGACAUACAGUGGUGGAAAAAUAUAUCCCUAUACUCGUGAAGCUUACUGACUAGUAGGGCCAAAGAUAGACUCUAAUGCAAUAAUCACACAAAUAUAUCAUAGUGAGCUCUACUAAGUACGGGUGUGUAUGAUGUAUCAGGGACCAUGGCCCGAGAAAGUGAGAAGGCUUUCCUGAGCAAGUGACAAUCUAACCUGCCAUCCAAAUGAUAAAUUGCUAAUUAAGCAAAUGGGGUUCCAGGGGGGAGUACUCCAAGCAGAGAGAAUGGCACGUGUGUGUCAUACACAGGGUCUAGUACAUGGUUGGCCCCCUACGUAUGAAUGGAUUCUGGGUCUCCAGAUUGGAACAGAGGAUGGAGCUAAGCAGGAAAGGGCUUCUCAUGAAUUCACCACACACAUACCAGCCCUUCUGCACACUCUGCUCCUUACAUCAAGGCCCAGCUGAACCCAGCUUAGGGGCAGAUCAGAAGGGCUGCAUGUACCACCCUUAUGGUCUUGCCAAACACACCAAGAAACCCGAUGGCUUCCAAAUUUUCUGACCCUACGAACAGGUCCCUGAUACUGGUGUGGAGAAAGCUCAAGAGAGAACCAUCUGGCCUGAACCCACUGUGAGGCUGUUUGUGGUCCUGGCAGAAAAGCAACAACUCGCUCCCCUUCCCAUGUAUCAAUGAAAACCAUUAUGCAAAUAAAGAGCUGGGCCCCAGGACGUGUUUCUGCUUGUGUGGAGAUGGCUCCCUGACAUGCUGCCUGAGUGACUGGAGAGGGUGGGUAAUAUGUGGAGUGACUUGGAAUCCACAUUCUCAGGCUCCAGUCCUGGAUUUGGCACAGACUUUGUCUGUGGUUGUGCCAGCCAGAACAGGUUGCAAGUGACAGGAAUUCAGUUGGAACAAACUUGGUCAAAAAGGAUAAUUUAUUGAAUAAUUAAAGUGAUGAAUAACUGUUAACAAUUAGAGUUUGGGGUAUAAGCAAAAGAAACUGACAUUAAGCAAAAAAUGAAUUUAUUGGAAGAUAUAUUAGUUUCCAGCAGCUGUUGUAACAAACUCAGACAAACCUGAUGGCGUAAAACAGUAGAAACGUACUCUCUGACAGUUCUAGAGGCCAGAAAUCCAAAAUCAAGAUGUCAGCAGGGCCACUCUCCCUCUGGAGGCUCUAGGGGAAACCCUCUCCUUGUCUCUUCUAGUUUGUGGUGGUUGCCACCAUUCUUGGCUUUCCUUGGCUGUGGCUGCAUCACUCAAGUCUCUGCCUCUGAUCUCACUUCACUGUCUGUGUAUGUCAAAUCUUCCAAUGCCUUUGUCUUACAAGGACACUUUUGAUGACACUUAGGCCCACCAGGAUAAUCCAAGAUGACCUCAUCUCAAGAUCCCUAACUUAAUCACAUUUGCAAAAAGACCCUUUCCCAAAUAAGGUAACAGUUACAGGUUCCAGAGAUUAAAAUACGGACAUAUGUUUGGGGCCACCAUUUGGCCCACUACAGAAGGGUAUGUGUGAAAUUCACCUGAUCAAAGGAAUAGCUGACUGACGAGGCCUCAGGAAAUACAGGAAUGAGGGGAGCUCUAGGGACCUCAGUAGCAAGACUCAUGAACCUUCUGUUUAAAACACUGCCACCCACAUGAUCUGCCUCCAGUCACCUUUCUUCCCUGUAUCAUCCUGCUCACAGUUCCAAUCCCAGGAGAGAGUCUGAUUUCACUUGAGUCAUAUGCCUCUCUCUUGGGAGGGAUGGAGGGCAAGGUACUGUAUUCGUAUUUGCAGCAGUUGGAGGAAAGGUACUUACCCAAAGAAAAGACCACGUAUUGUCACCAAAAUAAAGGCAAAAGGUAUUAAUAGGCAAAAAUAGCAUACCAUACACUCCCAUCCUUUUCCCAUACACACAGACUUAUGCAUGUUUCUAACAUAAGGAAACUCUCUUAUAUAUAACCAAAAUAUACUGAUCUCCCCAAAGGCAAGACACCCUAUGGGGCAUAUCCUGUUCAUGAAUCCAGCUAUAAGUUCAUUCUUCCACUGGUACCACUAAUUCUGUCUCAGUAUCCUGUAAUAUAAGGAAUAAAUAGUAAAUGUAACUGCCACCAGCAUACCCUAUAUAUACUAGAGGAAAGGAAAAGAAAAACACAGCAAGGAGGAAAAGAGGUCAUUGCUAUGUCCUCAUUUCUGUAAUGGUCAUAAGGCUGCCGCUGGCAUUUAUAACAUCCCUUCUCUGUGAACCAUGUCAUGCCCCCUGCCUUUGGCCAGCACUUUAGUUGGUUGGGAUUCUUUGUUUGAUGGGGUAACCUAAACCUUUAUUCGUAGAGAAUCUGAGCACUUGUUAGUCCUGCUGGCAUGUGAAGAUUCCCCAAGGAAUUCCAUGGAGUUACUUGCAUUCCUUUCUGCCUACUUUGUGUAGCAGUAACCGUAUUUCCCCUUGACAGGGUGGUUGAUUACCCUAAUCAAGACUGUAACUCCCUUUAUACACACCUAGGGAAAAGAAAAGCUCAGAAAGUCCAGGUGACAGUCUCUCUAAGUAAGCAGAACUCAGAGUCAUAGGGAUACGAAGCAAUAGAUUUACAAGUGGGUCAUUGGGUUUAAUCAGAAAACAGGCAACUUGAUUGAAAGCAAACUUCUCAUGCAGUCAACUUACAUCAUUAGGGUCUACGUGAGCCAAAUCCCAUGUACCCAUGGAUACACUUGAUGAUGGAGUCCUUAUAGGCAUGCUUGACUUUCUAUCUGGAUGGAUGAUCGAUCGUAGUUGGUCACAUUGGGUCAUAAGAUUACCUGAUGUCCUAUAGUUAGGCCUUCAUUCACCAUCAAAGCCCAGUAGCAAGCCAGGAUCUGAUAGCAGUAGAACCAACAAAAUCCAAAUAGCAUCGUACUUCUUUUGUGGUGACAGAAGUACUACACAUAUGUCUAGGGUACUGGACACUCUAAGAAACUUCACUGAGACGCACUGUAUUUAUCUCCCACCUUGCAAAAGGUGUGUCUUACCUACAGAGCUGAAGUGUCUGCUUCUUUGUGCUCUCCAGGCCCUGUUAAUGUGAUUUAGUCAACUGAUUUAGCAAAAUUAGUUUGCUGUCUCUUAGAAUAGGGAUAUUCGGGGAAUCAAGGUCUUUCUGGUACAGAGCUGGAGAACAGAGGUAUGCCUGAGUUAGAACAGUAAAUGAAAACUCUUAUCCCUUCUAGGUAAUAGCAAAAUGCUUCCAGUGGUUUCUGUUCCUCAGAGUAGAGAGUGAAACCAGUAGAUGCAUGACUCCAGGGACUGUAAUCAUGAGCAUUUAUCUAACACAACAGUUAAAAAUGGAAUUAUCACCUGACUAAAAUAAUCCACUGUCAUUUUCCAAGACCCAUCUAAUUUUGCACCUAUCAGACAGAGGAAAUUAAUGGUGUUUUAAUUGGAGUCAUCAGCCGGCAAGGUCUUUGGUAGAAACACUAAUUUUUGCAGCCUCCCCUAAAGAUAUGUUACUAUCGUUGACUUUUCUAUUUUGAAACAGUUGUUCAGUUGGAUUCUAUUGGCCUUUUAUAUCACAAUGGCCCUCACUUCAUGGGUCAGAGAGCCAAUAUGGGGAUCUUUUCCAACUAUCUCUCUGAAACUGCUGAUAUAUAGAAUAGUUUUGGAAUUCCUCUGGGCCUCCAGUGGCAUGGACAAAAGCCAAAACACGAUUUUUCACAUGAGAUGGACCUACAGUGGUAAUCUUGAACCCAAGAAACUGAUAUUAGCUCGAAGUCUUCAUCAAGGUUCUCUGAAUGUGGUAUUUCCCUUUCUCCAGUAUCCAGUUACCUUGGGAAAUUGCCACAGAUCCUUUUGGAGAAGGCAAGAGAAAUAGUUACAUUACACUCAUGUAGAAUAGCAGAGUCCUUCCUCAAAGGCGAGCAGCAUAUCCUUCAAUCAAAGGGCUUUAGAUCAUUAAACGCAAGCCCAGUGUUAGGUGAUGAUCUGUAACUAUCAUAGUGGCUCAAGUCGUGACUUUAUUUUUAAUUUUUGCCAGAACUGGAGAGUGUUUUUGGUUUUUGUCUUGCUUUGUUUUGUUUCUUAUGUUUCGCUGGUUAAACAAAUCAAGUAAGACUUUAGUGGGCUGCCUUUAACUUUUUAGGGCCCUACACUGUGGCAGUCUGCCAUGGUUACCACUUGAGACAGUCACUACUACAGUUACUACUGUUACUGCCUGAGACGUCAUUACAAGACUGAAUGAAGGGAGGAACAUAAAGAUGAAAACUUAAAAUAAAAGAAACUGUUUUAAAGGAAGGGGCCAUGGGAAGAAGAAGAGAGCUCCCUGCCUCUAGUGAGCAAAGGCAGCCCCUGAGCUUCCACAGCCCCUCCUAUUUAUUGGGUAACAAGAGGAGGGAGGAGGAGGUAACGACUGGUCAGUUGCUUAACUGAUCACAGGUUCAUAUUGUUACUAACAGGCUUCAGAUGUACCUAUUCAUAAGAAACACUAUGCUUGGGGCAUGACAGCCCUCAGCAUUCCUUCUGGGUGACAGAUGCAGUUUGUCAGUUUGCCAACAUUCUGCAUUUAUGAGAAACAGUUUACUGGUUACUCAUAUAGCCUCCAGUAGUAUACUGAGUUGAUCACGACCCUCAUUCUUUCGGCCUGUAACAUUACACCAUGAGUUCUUGCCUCAUACAGAGCCUACUGAAUAUUACAAUGAUCAUUCCCACUUCAUUUCGGAGGACGAAGUGCCAACGCCUGGCCUCCCACAUCUGUGCAUUCUUCUUCCCCUCUGAAUCAGGCAAACUAUUUCAAAUUGCAGCCUCUCCACCCAGCAUUCUUGACUUUCCUCAAAGCAAGGGUAAAGUGUGAGGGCUACAAUUAGAGGUAUUUGUGGGAAUGAGGCACAAAACAGAUGCAAUCCAGCAUUCUGUCUUCAGAAAUAUUUGAAUCCCUUCCUCUACAUGAUGCCAAGGGAUUUGGGGCCUUUAAGUUCCAUUUCGCAUGGGCCAGCAUUUGUUUUAAGUUUGCAUUUUGUUAGAGCCUUGCCAGCUCCUGGAGCUAGCACAGAGAAUGCCAAAUAAUCCCUGGUAAGUGAAU